CUGGAAAGAAGAGAAUAUUAUAUGUGGACAAAGAACCAGCAAUCUCUAUUCUCUGGAAGAAUUUGUAUAAGAUAAGAAAUACUUGAAUCAUGGCUUUUUUUAAUCACUUAACCUAUUUUUUGGCUGCUGGUGCUAUUAGUUUGGGAAUUGGUUUUUUUGCUUUGGCAUCAGCUUUGUGGUUCCUGAUUUGCAAACGAAGAGAACUAUUUCAAAACUUCAAAUUUAAAGCAACUGAUGAGAGAUGCAGGCAAAGGCCACCAAAGGUGAAGAUUAAAUCUCAGUCUCAGUGUGUUUUUAUUUCUCGAAAUUUUCAUACUGGAGGAUUCCAAUUACAGGAGGAGCAAAGAAAAGAGAAAGCAGCAUGUAUAAAAGCAAUUAAGGAUCACUCUGAAGAUGAAGUCUGCCUUGCAACAAAAAACGUCAUUUGUGACUCCCCAGGAACUAGAUCGGCAACAAAUUGCACCAGUGUUACAUUAAGUUUAUCACCAGUGGCAUCUGACUCUUAUUACAGCCAAAGUAUAGAAGCAGCUGAUGAGUGGUUUUCUGAUGAUUCUCAAGCGGAAAAGAACUCUUCAGUGCCUUUUCUACAGGAACCUCUAAUGGAAAAAGUAUUUUCAUAUCUGUCAACCAUUUCGUUAGAAGAAUGUGCUGAAAAAUGUACUCAAUAUGACACUUUAUAAUGAUCGAAAAGAUGACAGCUUAAUUAAGGACACGUUUGUGAAGUAACACAGAGGUAGAUUGACAAAACCAUCAACAU